AACGGCACGGCGAGCAACCAGUUAGGGCGAACAAGGGCGAACGGAUCAGCCGGCCGAGUGGACACGUAGCCGGCGUUUGACGUGUCCUAACCCUUGGAAGGUGUUCGGACUUUCGUGUCCGGUGUCUGUCUGACAUCCGUGUUGGCUCACGAGCCGAAAUCCAGACGAUACGGCGUUGAACGUCCGCGUGGAUACGCCUUCGGCGAAUCGUACGCCUCGAGGAGGAGUUUUUAUCCUUCUCGGGUUAACGCCAUCGGAACGACCAGUCCCAGCAAAAGAUGCUACCAAGUAAAACUGCUGGGCCGUAUACGAAAAAACUUCUGUUUCCCGAUAAAAAGCCAACAUCCAAGCAAAUGAAGUCCUCCACGCUAACGAACGCCGCUGGUCUCAGCUCGCUUAUUACAUUUACAGUUUUGUUGCUUGCCUGGAUAUCUGGAUUUGCAUCCCGACUGUUUGCAGUCAUACGAUUUGAAAGCAUCAUACAUGAAUUUGAUCCUUGGUUCAAUUACCGAGCAACCGCGUACAUGGUACAGCAUGGAUUCUACAACUUCUUGAACUGGUUCGAUGAGAGAGCAUGGUAUCCCCUUGGUCGUAUCGUGGGUGGAACCGUUUAUCCAGGACUUAUGAUAACGUCAGGGUCGAUACACUAUAUUCUCCAUUCAUUAAAUAUUCCGGUUCACAUUAGGGACAUUUGCGUAUUUUUAGCACCCAUUUUUAGUGGUCUUACAGCAAUUUCAACUUAUCUCUUAACUAAAGAAUUAUGGAGUGCCGGAGCAGGACUAUUCGCGGCUUGUUUCAUAGCGAUUGUGCCAGGGUAUAUAUCAAGAUCUGUGGCAGGCAGUUAUGAUAAUGAGGGGAUUGCAAUUUUUGCUUUACAAUUCACCUAUUACCUUUGGGUAAAAUCCGUCAAGACAGGUUCCAUAUUUUGGGCAUCGAUGACUGCAUUAUCGUACUUUUACAUGGUUUCUGCAUGGGGAGGUUAUGUCUUUAUUAUCAACUUAAUUCCAUUUCACGUCUUUGCUCUUUUAGUAACAAAUCGCUACAGUAAUAGAUUAUUUACAAGUUACACUACAUUUUAUAUCUUGGGCCUCUUACUGAGUAUGCAAAUACCAUUUGUCGGUUUCCAACCCAUACGAACAUCGGAACAUAUGGCUGCUGGUGGUGUUUUCGUACUGCUGAUCUUUGUAGCUACUCUAAGGUAUCUCAGGACAAUAUUUACAAAAUCAGAAAUGAAGUACUUUGGAGUUAUAGUUGCAAUUAUUACUUCAUUUCUUUUGAUGAUAUUAAUUGGAUUAACAUAUUCGGGUGUGGUUGCUCCAUGGAGCGGACGAUUUUAUUCACUUUGGGAUACUGGAUAUGCAAAAAUUCAUAUUCCUAUAAUAGCUUCUGUUUCUGAACAUCAACCAACAACAUGGUUCAGUUUUUUCUUUGAUUUACAUAUCUUGGUCACAACAUUUCCUGUUGGACUAUGGUAUUGCAUUAAGCGCAUUAACGAUGAACGUGUUUUUGUGAUUUUAUAUGCCAUAAGUGCCGUAUAUUUCGCUGGUGUAAUGGUACGUCUUAUGUUGACUUUGACACCAGUAGUUUGCAUCUUAGCUGGUGUAGCCUUCAGUGGGCUCUUAGAAGUAUUUCUCAAAGAUGAAGAUAAAGAUCGUAAUGACCGUGAGAGUGGAGAAGCAAGUGAAGAUGAAAGCGAAGACGAAAGAGAAAGAAGCCCAGGGCGAGCUUUGUACGAUAAGGCAGGAAAACUUCGAAGAAUGAAACAUGAAAGACCUAGGGGAGGUGGUGAUGGAUUGGGUUCAAAUUUACGUAACGGAGUAAUCGUUGGCUUGCUAGUUUUGUUGAUGAUGUUUACAGUUCAUUGUACAUGGGUCACCAGUAGUGCAUAUUCCAGCCCAUCAAUUGUACUUGCAUCCUAUACGAACGAUGGCGGCAGAUCGAUACUCGAUGAUUUUCGAGAAGCAUACUACUGGCUGGCUCAAAAUACAGCUAAUGAUGCCAGAAUUAUGAGUUGGUGGGACUAUGGUUAUCAAAUCGCUGGAAUGGCCAACAGGACCACCCUCGUGGACAACAAUACUUGGAAUAACUCUCACAUAGCAUUGGUAGGCAAAGCUAUGAGCUCGAAUGAAAGUGCAGCUUAUGAGAUAAUGACAUCUCUGGAUGUAGAUUACGUGUUAAUUAUUUUUGGUGGAAUGAUUGGUUAUUCCGGGGAUGAUGUCAAUAAGUUUUUGUGGAUGGUACGUAUCGCGGAGGGUGAACAUCCUCAAGAUAUCAGAGAAAGUGAUUAUUUUACGGAAAAAGGAGAGUUUCGUGUAGACUCGAAAGGUUCACCAACGCUCUUGAAUUCUCUAAUGUAUAAAUUGAGCUACUACAGAUUCGGCGAAGUCCGUGUAGAUUAUAGGACUCCUUCCGGAUACGAUCGAACACGAAGUGCUGAAAUAGGAAAUAAGAACUUUCAAUUGACUUACUUGGAAGAAGCUUAUACCACAGAGCACUGGCUAGUUAGGAUCUACAGGGUCAAAAAACCGGAGGAAUUCAAUAGACCAAGGAUACCACUUUCUCGGCGUACCAUUCCCCGAAAUACGAAUUAUAUUAGCAAAAAGUUGUGGGGGUUGGGACAUUGAUGUUUCAGAUUGGCAAGAAUAAAAAAGGUUUCAUCAAGGGUCGUCCGACCGUACUCAAAGGACAAAAACUUCAUCAGAGAAUACCUACGUAACGAAAAUAUUUUCAAAUUCCCGACGAGUUUCAAGUAUAACUUUUAUAAUAAAGGAACUACCGUCCUUUGGCUCAGCUAUGAACUGGACUUAAGAAAUAAUUGUGUUAUCGCCAUACGCAUUACAUCCAUUCGAGGAAUUAGAACAUGACGUGGCGUAGUGUCGUAUAUUGAAUAUUUUUAAAAGAAAUAAUUGCGUCUGGAUAAUGUGGAGGUUGGAACAUACCUUUGAUAGUCGAUUCUGUCAAAAUCUAUAAUAUAAGAUUUAGUAUAUACGUAAUUUGUCAUCUUUUUCAAUAGGCGAACGCAUCGUCAUAUUCUAAACUCUCCCAAAUUUGUCUAUUUUUUCAAAGUGAUGCCGACAAAUAGUCAAGCUUUAUGCAAUGUUAAUACGAAACAAAGGUGUAUAUAUACCAUUUGAAUUUAAUAUCAAAAUAACUGAGAGUCGUGUCGGCAAGGAUUUACUUGUCUUAUUGUUUUCAUUUCUUUCAUUGCGCCAAUGGUUCCAAACUGGAAAUGUUCCGAUCGAUGUUACCAAGAACAUUGUAAUAAUACUAAAUACUGUGUAAGGACAUUCUAAGAUCCUUACACAGUCAAUAAUUAAUGCAGGUAUUGCUUUACCAAUACCCAAGAUAUCUCUUAUGUUGCUCCAUUAUUUGUACACCAAUGCAGAAAUAGAACGACAAAGCCAUAAGUAAUAAUCCAUUAUUUAUGGCUCUGCCGACACAUAAUGGGUCGAGCCAGAAGAAGGACUCAUGUGCGUGUCUUGUGUACACAAUUUGUUGUAUAGUGUCUUGUUGAAAGAUAAACAUUUGCGGUCACGUA